UCAACUAUGAUGAAUGUGUCUAUGGAUUCUGCGCCAACAAUUCCACAUGUGUUGACCUGGUUGCCGACUAUGGAUGCAUCUGCCCAGUGGGGUUUGUUGGUAAAAACUGCUCUACACCUGUUAUUGAAUGUGCGUCAGGGGAUAGAACAAAAUGCAAAAAUGGUGGCACCUGUUAUAUCUUUGCCGGAGUGGUUCACUGCACUUGUCCACCAGGAUGGGGAGCCGAUGACUGCUCUGCACCCGUGAACCAGUGUGUGUUGAAUCCCUGUGACCCGGAGGGGACCCUGUUCUGUGAAGAGCUGCCGAACGGCUUCAAAUGCGUCUGCCAACACGGGUACAUGGGGCGGCUGUGCAAAAUCCCCAUAGGUCACUGCGUCGAUGGGCUGUGUCAUCACGGAUCAAAGUGUGUGGAUCUACCGAGAGGAUUCAAGUGCCAUUGUUUACCCGGUUUAACGGGACAAUUCUGCGAGGUGAACAUAGAUGACUGUGACGAGAAGCCGUGCGGUGUUCUAAGUAUUUGCAAAGACACCGUCAACGGCUACAAUUGUUUCUGUGCACCUGGAUUCAUUGGUUAUAACUGUGAGGUGGAGGUAAACGAGUGUCUGAGCCAGCCCUGCCACAACGGAGCUUCCUGCUCUGAUGAGCUCAACGCAUUCAGCUGCUUAUGCCCAAUCGGAGUCACAGGUGACUACUGUGAAAUCAACAUUGAUGAGUGUCUGUCAGGGCCAUGCCGACACAAUAGCACGUGUUUGGACCUGGCCAAUGGCUAUGAAUGUGUCUGUCAACCCGGCUUUACUGGCGCUGGGUGUGAGUUCGACAUUGACGAGUGUGCCUCUUCUCCCUGCAAGAACGGAGCCACUUGCAUUGACCAGCCUGGCAAUUACCACUGUCAGUGUGUGGCUCCAUUCAAAGGUAGGAACUGUGAGUUCCUCCCCUGUGAGGCCAACAACCCCUGUGAGAACGGUGCUGAGUGUGUAGAGGAACCUGACCUGGUCCAUUUCCCCCUGGGUUUCCGCUGUCGCUGUCGCCGUGGCUUCACAGGCCCCCGCUGUGAGAUCAACAUGGACGAGUGCAGCUCCAACCCCUGCCUUCACGGAUUCUGCUACGAUGUGGUCGAUGGGUUCUACUGUCUGUGCAACCCUGGCUAUGCUGGUGUGAGAUGUGAGCAAGACAUAGACGACUGUGCCAGCAACAUGUGCAGCAACAACUCAACCUGCAGAGACCUCCACUUGGUGAGUUGGAUUUGGGGUUAA